AUGGCUACUCAAAGCAAGAUGGUUGCAGACGAGAAUUCAAUCCCAGCUGCACUUCAUGACUUCUUUCGUUCACUCGCACCACAGCAACUGAGCUCAAUCACCGAAGCUAUUGCAGCUGUCGUCCCGGCGCGCUCGACAAGCGAGAGGCGCAGGUCCUUCGUAGCGCGCAACAGACGGGGUAUGACUACCAAGCGUCCUCUGAAUGGCUUCAUCGCAUAUCGAGCAUACUAUAGCCCGGUGUUCAAGGGUGCAACCCAAAAAGCGAAAAGCGGCUUCAUCAGGACUAUGUGGGGAGAAGACAAGAAGAGAUCGAUGUGGACUUUGUUGGGAAAAGCAUACUCCGACAUGAGAGACCACCAUAUGGAGGCCAUCACAGUGGACAGGUUUCUGGCAGUUGCUGUUCCAUUGCUUCCGAUCGUCCCCAUCGAUCUGUACCUCACUAAGAUGGGCUGGAUACUCACCGUCGACGCCAGUGGUGAAUCAGUCCUGAUGCGAUCUGCAAAAUUCAAUCCGGAACUGUUGGCUGCAGAGUAUCCUCAUCACACCAACUUGUCAGAACAAGAUAUCGUGGAAAACUGCUACCGCCGCGGCCUGGUCGACCGUGGUCGUCGUCAGCGAACACGCCAACACCCAUUGCGUGAUGCGCUGGUUCAAAAUGGCAUGAUGACAGACACAGACGUCGGAGCGACGGGCGGCAGUGCUGUUUCUCACGACACACCUCCCCACUGUGGUGCCUUGACUCUUGCAGUUGUUCCUCAGACGGUUACUUCACCUUCCUCGGCCGAAAGCGUGAGCAGCAGCCCAGUCAGCCAUACUCAAGAGCAGCAGUUGCCGACGUCUGCUAGCAGUUCUGCCACCACUCCCAGUCUUGUCGUCAACAAUGACAAUGAAUAUCAUCAUACAAAUCUCGACUACCUUACAAUUGAGGCUGUUACUGCCGACCAGCAAUCUGCAUAUGCUCGAACCAACGGAGCUGGUCUGGCUGCGCUUCACUUCCAUCCUCAAAUUUCCCCCCCAAUCUUGGGAUUUGAUCCCCGUAUCGUCCAAGAUGACUUUGACCCCUUCAAUCUGGACCUCUUCGGGUUUGACUUCAACCAUAUGUGA